AUGAUCUUCUUCUGUUUCCCACAGGUGACCGUCAUCCAGGUGUGACACUCUCAGGUAAACCCGCUCCUGUCUCUGUGUCACAGUGAAGCUCUGUCUGUCAUAAACGAUCUUUGUGUUCAUAGACGAUCUUUGUGUUCACACCCUUCUGUUACCUGUGACACACGCGCGCGCGCACAUGCCUCCUUUAACUUUCUGGGAGCGCGUGUCUCUGCCCCUAAUGCAACGUCACCGUGUGGGGGACAUGACAACAAAGAUCGUCUCUGUGUGAGAAGAUGAUCCACUCCAAACAUUUUUUUGAAACGGUUUAAAAGACUUUAUUUCGACUCUUAUCGUUGUUGUUAUUAUGAGUCUCAUUAUUCGCAGUAGUAUCAGUGUUCGUGUGGGUAUAUUUAUUUAUUUCAUUUAUUCAUUUGGACUCCCAUUAGCUCCUAUCUGUGUAGCAGCUCCUCUUCCUGAGGUCCACAAAAAAAUAUGCAUUAAAAUGAUUAAAGUCCAAACAGGAGAAUAAUUAUAAUAAUCAGAACUAAAACAAGAAAUAUGAUGACAUUACAUUAACAAUUACAAUCGACACCAAUAAAGGCUGAGACACAUGAACUCUUCAUCAAAAUAUAUGAGAAAUAUAUGUUCUUAUUCUUGUUUUUCAUCAUUUAAACUGUCGUCUGUAAACCUUUCUUACAGCCUGUUUUACAGCCUGAUUAUAACGGUUAUUAAUGUUGUUUUUAAUCAGUCUGUAAACCUGUCUUACAGCCUGUUUUACAGCCUGAUUAUAAUGUUAUUAAUGUUGUUUUUAAUCAGUCUGUAAACCUGUCUUACAGCCUGUUUUACAGCCUGAUUAUAAUGUUAUUAAUGUUGUUUUUAAUCAGUCUGUAAACCUUUCUUACAGCCUGUUUUACAGCCUGAUUAUAACGGUUAUUAUUGUUGUUUUUAAUCAUUUAAACUGUUGUCUUUAAACCUUUCUUACAGCCUGUUUUACAGCCUGGUUAUAACGGUUAUUAAUGUUGUUUUUAAUCAGUCUGUAAACCUUUCUUACAGCCUGUUUUACAGCCUGGUUAUAAUGUUAUUAAUGUUGUUUUUAAUCAGUCUGUAAACCUUUCUUACAGCCUGUUUUACAGCCUGGUUAUAAUGUUAUUAAUGUUGUUUUUAAUCAGUCUGUAAACCUUUCUUACAGCCUGUUUUACAGCCUGGUUAUAAUGUUAUUAAUGUUGUUUUUAAUCAGUCUGUAAACCUUUCUUACAGCCUGUUUUACAGCCUGAUUAUAACGGUUAUUAAUGUUGUUUUUAAUCAGUCUGUAAACCUUUCUUACAGCCUGUUUUUUUCACGCUCUGAUUCCCGCAGCUCUGUGUUUUUCUGUCGGAGUGAGACCUCCUGUCCGUCCGUCUGUUUCAGAGCAGCUCUGUGUCCGCCGCUGCCUGUGCGCGCUCCCGGCUGGGCUCCAGCUCCUCCGUCACGGGGACGCGCCCGCUCCGGCACGCUCACACCCGCCGCGCGGCCAGGCCACCGGCCAGCCUGUCUCCCCCUCUUCCUCUCCUUCGUCUGUUUUUCACCGUCAAACUCCCGUUUCCGGUCGGACUCACCGUCUCUCUCGGUGGACCGUUACCUCCCCCCGCCGCCCCCCCCCCUCCAGGACCGGUUCGGAGCUCCAGCGGACCGAACCGAGUCCCGGAUCACCGAGUUUCUACCGGACGUGCCGCCGUGAUUCUCCGCCCAACAGCGGGCCGCAACUUUCCUUCACUUUGUUCCUCUCCUUACCUCCUCUCCUCACCUCCUCGACUCCUUUCACCUUAACCCACGGACACGGUGACGUCAUCCCGGGGAAAGCUGAGCGCGUGCGGCCGUUACACCGGAGAGACGAACGGUGAGUAAACUUUUCUGAGUGUGUGUGUGUGUGUGUGUGUGUGUGUGUGUGUGUGUGUGUGUGUGUGUGUGUGUGCGCAGCACAGCAGCGCCCCCCCCUGACUCCGUCUGUGUGUCCCGGUACCGACAGGCCCGGAUCUGGACCGGGGCCAGGACCAGGACCAGGACACUUUGUUGACUUUGAUUCUUCGGUCUUUUUCGGACAUGAGUUCGGACUAAACCGGAUCAGCGCGUGGCCUCCACGAGACUCUCCUGUGUUUCCUGUGUCCGGUAGAGGUGAGUCAUUCCCGGUACCGAGACCCGAAACUGGUCCGUGAGAGACUUCCGUUACUGUAAAAAAAAAACACCAAAGUUUAUUUACAGGAAAAACAAAAAUAAUAAUAAAGAGGAACAAAGAGGACAAAAAAAAAAAACAAGUUCAACAUAAAAAAAAAACAGACUUAAGUUCAUUUAAAAAACUUUUAGUGUUUGAUUCUUCAAAUUCACCGUUUGUUAAAGUUUUAAUAAAGUUUAAGUUCAAUAAAGUUAAGAGUUGUAAAAGACUCAGUUUAACUCUUUUAACCAUUUUAUUUUAAUCUUAUUUACUUUUUUUCUAUAAAAACAUAUUAAAAAACAGUUGACCAAAGUUCUGCACAAUAAUAUAAAAAAGAACAAACAGAAAAACAUCAAGAGGAAAUAAAUAAAAGCAGGUAAAAAACAUUUAAAAAGAAAAAAAAAACACAAAAGAGAUAAAAGAGAUAAAAGAGAUCAGACACACAAAAGAAAGCUGAGGAAUAAAAAAAGACGUGAUUUAAAAGAAGAAAGAGUUUCAGGAAUGUUUUCAUCUCCACAGUUUAGGAGCCAAAGUUGAGAAAAAUCGGUCACCGCGGGUUUUAAACGAGGUUUUAAACAAGUUUUUAAAGGAGGUUUUAAAUGAGUUUUUAAAGGAGGUUUUAAAUGAGUUUUAGAGACGACAGGUCAGUUUUUCUGUGAGUGAGAGAUAAGAUCAAAAAUGAGAGCGGAUCGAUCAGAAACUAAAGAUUCAGAACUCCAACCAGCUGGUCAGGAAUAAUAAUUUAAAACACCUUUUAAAGUCUUUCAGUGACUUUAUUAAGAAGAGGACGUCAGACAGAGACGGACCGAGUGUCCUCAGAGACAAAUCUGUCCAGAUGGAUCAAAGAUCAUUUAGUUUGAUCGAAAGUGAAUUUAUACAAAUAUUGAAUUUAGUCACAUGACUCUUAUUAAUUAACUGAAGGGAGGAGUUAAUUAUUUUAUUAAUAUUUAGUCUGUUUUUAUAAAUCUGAGUUUAUUAUUUUAUUAAUAUUUAGUCUGUUUUUAUAAAUCUGAGAGUUUCACUGCAAACCACAGAGAGGAAAACAGGCUGAACACAAGUACUGAUACUAUUAUUAUAGUACACUGUAAAAAGUACUUUAAUCCUUAAUCAAACAGGGUGAACUCCGGCUCUGAUACUAAUCAAAUCAAUCAAUAAAGUUUAAUCAAAGCUCCUUGUUUUCAGAUCAGAGGUCCGACAGACGGUCCAAAGUUCUCCUGAAGAUAAAGACACAGUACACUGUAAAAAGUACUUUAAUCUAGUGUAUUUAACAGUAUUGUUGUAGUACACUGUAAAAGUACUUUAAUCUAGUUUAUUUAACAGUAUUGUUGUAGUACACUGUAAAAAGUACUUUAAUCUAGUUUAUUUAACAGUAUUGUUGUAGUACACUGUAAAAGUACUUUAAUCUAGUUUAUUUAACAGUAUUGUUGUAGUACACUGUAAAAAGUACUUUAAUCUAGUUUAUUUAACAGUAUUGUUGUAGUACACUGUAAAAAGUACUUUAAUCUAGUUUAUUUAACAGUAUUGUUGUAGUACACUGUAAAAAGUACUUUAAUCUAGUUUAUUUAACAGUAUUGUUGUAGUACACUGUAAAAGUACUUUAAUCUAGUUUAUUUAACAGUAUUGUUGUAGUACACUGUAAAAGUACUUUAUUCUUGUGUAUUUAACAGUAUUGUUGUAGUACACUGUAAAAGUACUUUAAUCUAGUUUAUUUAACAGUAUUGUUGUAGUACACUGUAAAAAGUACUUUAAUCUAGUUUAUUUAACAGUAUUUUUGUAGUACACUGUAAAACGCAGCAGCUGUAGACUCUGAUUAGAACCACACUACACUGUAAAAAAUGACUCUCCAACCCUGUUAAACACAGAAACAUCUGUGUCCAUCCAGACCUCCAUGUAUCAGCAGGACCAGGACAGACCCGGUCUGACAACAACAGGGAUUAUUACAGGGGGGGGCGGGGCUAAGUCAGUCAUGUGACCCGGACGUUCAUCUGUCAGCUCGACUCAAACCCUCACUGAGACGUUCUUUACUGGUCGACCUGCUGCUGCUGCUGCUGCUAUGUUUAGCUGUGUGUGUGUGUGUGUGUGUGUGUGUGUGUGUGUGUGUGUGUGUGUGUGUGUGUGUGUGUGUGUCUGUGUGUGUGUGUCUGUCUGUGUGUGUCUGUCUGUGUGUUAUGAAGACCAUUCAUUAUCACAUUCCUGUAGAGAGGCCUCCUCUCCUCCUCCUCCUCCUCCUCCUCUCCUCCUCUCUCUCCUCCUCCUCCUCAUGGGAACACAGUCUGUGUGUGUUUGUGUGUCUGAGCUGAUCACCAAUAACCACUCAUCAAUAACAGCCUGUAACACUGAUCAUCAGUCAGUCAGCGGAUCAAUAACCUGAAGAAACAGACGAGUCGACAAAACUCGGUUUAAACUCGAUCAUGUGAGGACCUGAGUGAAAACAGGCUCUGUGGUUCUCCGUUAGUUUGACUCUUUAUAUUAUUAUUGAAUCUGUGUGUGUGUGUGUGUGUGUGUGUGUGUGUGUGUGUGUGUGUGUGUGUGUGUGUGUGUGUGUGCGCACGUGUGUUAGUGUGCACGUGCGUGCGCUCAGGUUACAUAAUAGUCGUCUCUCUCAGAGUCAGCUGGGAACCACAACGAGAACUGGAAUUUCACUGGAGCUUGAGAAACCGUGUGUGUGUGUGUGUGUGUGUGUGCGCGCGCACGCACGUAUGUGUGUGUGUGUGUGUGUGUGUGUGUGUGUGUGUGUGUGUGUGUGUGUGUGUGUGUGUGUGUGUGUGUGUGUGUGUCUACAGGCUGUUUAAUCAGGUCCGUUUGACUAACAGCAGCUCUAAAGGUAGUUGGACCUGUUGAACCAGAUGUUCUCUAACCCUCUCAUUGUGUGUGUGUGUGUGUGUGUGUGUGUGCGCGCACAUGUGUGUGUGUGUGUGUGUGUGUGUGUGUGUGUGUGUGUGUGUGUGUGUGUGUGUGUGUGUGUGUGUGUGUGUGUGUGUGUGUGUGUGUGUGUGUGUGUGCGCACGUGUGUUAGUGUGCACGUGCGUGCGCUCAGGUUACAUAAUAGUCGUCUCUCUCAGAGUCAGCUGGGAACCACAACGAGAACUGGAAUUUCACUGGAGCUUGAGAAACCGUGUGUGUGUGUGUGUGUGUGUGUGCGCGCGCACGCACGUAUGUGUGUGUGUGUGUGUGUGUGUGUGUGUGUGUGUGUGUGUGUGUGUGUGUGUGUGUGUGUGUGUGUGUGUGUCUACAGGCUGUUUAAUCAGGUCCGUUUGACUAACAGCAGCUCUAAAGGUAGUUGGACCUGUUGAACCAGAUGUUCUCUAACCCUCUCAUUGUGUGUGUGUGUGUGUGUGUGUGUGUGCGUGCACAUGUGUGUGUGUGUGUGUGUUGCUCUUAUACACACAUUGCUGUAUGUAUAUAGUUUACAGAUGAACCUGUUUUUCCACCACAGUGGGGACAUUCUCAGACGAACUCUCGUUAAAGUCGGUCGUUCGUCCGUCUCCGUGUCUCCGACGGUCGCUGGUUUCGUUCACGGGUGUCGGUCCUCUGAGGGCGGACCCUCACAGAGACCGUUGUGUUCGUGGUUAAAGGUGGACUGUGCGCUCAGAUUGGAGUCAGCUGUCCCAGGUAUGUCAGGUAUGAAUCUGCGAUCAGCUGUUUCCUUUUGUUCACGCUGAAAUGAGAAACACGUGUGAGAGCAGAGCCGGUCUGCAGCUGUAUCAGGGACCACGGUACGAGGAACUUCGGCUGUUGCCUGGGUCUGGCACAGGUCGAAAAGAAGAACAGAGAGAGAGGUCUGCAGGUUUUCAUGAAGUCCACCAUGAUGGUCUGAGGAGGACUGGAGAGACCUUCUGUCAGCUGAUCUCCAUCUGAGUGUUUGAUCAAAAUCAGCUGUUGGUCACCUGACCAGUCGAUGACAUCAUCAGGCCGUCAGUGUGUGCGUGUGUGAUACUUCCUGGGCGUGUCCUCGCUGUUGUUAUUGUUCCUUCAGCUCCAAGUUUAGAGACAAAGAAAACACACACACACACACACACACACACACACACACACACACAGAGGCAGCACAGAGGGUGUGUGUGUGUGUGUGUGUGUGUGUGUGUGUGUGUGUGUGUGUAUGUGUGUGUGUGUGUGUGUGUGUGUGUGUCUGACUAAUGCAGUGGGAGUGUGUUCGGAGAGGUAAAGAGUUUAAUCGGACUAAACUCAUAAUUCGUCUUUUUCCGACUUCCCUCCUCGUCCUCGUUUACAUGCAGCUGAGAAAAUCCAAUUAUUGACAUGAACGUGUCCUCCUCCCCAACACUAGGGGGCGAUAUGGGUCUUUUCAGCGGUGCUGUUUCCGACCCCAUCCAACCGUCAACAACAACAGCAGGUCGGUGUCAGACGUCAGAAGUUACAGUCGGACUAAGGUGUUCACAUGACCUUCAGUUGUCCGGUCUUAAUCGGAAUAAGACGAUAAUUCGGUUUAGUGUCAUGGAAACGGACUGAGUGACUCACCCAUCCUGUGUCCUUUCCUGUCCGUCCUCUCUUCUGUAUUUUCUUCUUCUGGUUCAUGUCCCAGGAUGUAGACGAACAACAACCUAGAUGUUUAAAUGUCACGUCCUGUAGACCCGUCUUGUCUUUUUCGUGUUGUGAUCGUAAAUGGACGAUUAAAUCUGUUGUUUUAUAAAUGUGGACACCAGGAAGACGAGCAACGCUUUAGAGACGAGGAUCCUAAAAGUAAACAAAUAAACAAACAAACAAACAAACAAAUAAAUAAAUUUAUCUAAAAAAAUAAACAAACAAAUAAAUAAAUAAAUAAUUUAAUUAAUAAACAAACAAAUUUAAAAAAUAAACAAAUAAACAAACAAAUAGAUAAAUAAAUAAAUUUCAAAAAAAAAAUAAACAAACAAAUAAAUAAAUACAUUUAUUUAAAAAAAUAAACAAACAAAAAAAUAAAUGAAAAAUUAUCAAAAAAAUAAACAAACAAAUAAAUAAAUAAUUUAAUUUAUUAACAAACAAAUUAAAAAAAUAAACAAAUAAAUAAACAAACAAAAAGAUAAAUAAUCUAAUAAAAAAAUGAAAAGUAAAUAAACUAACAAACAAACACCAGCUUAAUUCUCCAACUGUGAUCAUAUCAUUCUUCCUUGUCAGAAACAAAAAACUCUCUUCAUGUUUAGGACUGAAGUGUGUGUGUGUGUGUGUGUGUGUGUGUCUGUGUGUGUGUGUGUGUGUGUGUGUGUGUGUGUGUUUUUACAUGUGGAAGGAAUGUCAGACAUGUGUUUAUUACAGACCACUGAGGGCUUAAUUACAGAAAACACACACACACACACACACACACACAGACAGACACAGACACACACACACAGACAGGACUGGAAAAAUUAAGAGAACUCAAUAGGAUGAAGUAAGGAGAGAGAGAGAGACAGGGUUUCCAUGGAAACGAGGGACAGUCAAAACAAUCAACAGGACUGAGGCGAGAGAGAGAGAGAGAGAGACAGAGGAACAAAGGGAGGAAGGAGAGAAGAAGAGGAAAGGAAACAGACGGAGGAAAGUUGUAAAAAAAAAAGGAAAGUGAGGAAAGAAAAGAGGAGAGGAAAGAAGGAUUAAAGGAGUGAUGGAGAAAAAAAGAGAGAGAGGGACAGACGACAGAGACCUUGACAACAUCAGAAGAGUCCACACUCACGUAAAGACAGAAAACAUCACAACUUCAUCAGAACUUCAUCAGUCUUUGUCUGACACUGCUCUCUGAUUGGCUGUCCUCAGGCAGAGUGGGAGGAGCUAAGUGAUGGCGGGAGCUUCAGUGAAGGUGGCGGUGCGAGUGCGCCCGUUCAACUCCCGAGAGACAGGACGCAACGCCAAGUGUGUGAUCCAGAUGCAAGGAAACACCACCUGUAAGACACACACACACACACACACACACACACACACACACACACACACACACACACUGUGUGUUACAGACAUGUGUGUGUUUGUCUCUCCAGGCAUCUCCAACCCCAAACAGCCCAAAGAUGCUGCCAAGAACUUCACCUUUGACUACUCCUACUGGUCACACACAACGGUAAAACACACACACACACACACACAGACACACACACACACACACACACAACCUAACAUUGAGCCUUAAACAAAAAGUAACACCUGUGUGUGUGUGUGUGUGUGUGUGUGUGCAGGCUGAGGACCCCAGCUUUGCCUGUCAGAAACAGGUCUAUAAGGACAUCGGAGAGGAGAUGCUGCUCCACGCCUUCGAAGGUAACGAGGACAUGAGGACAGGUGUUAACGAGGACAGGUGUUAACGAGGACAGGUCUUAACGAGGACAGGUCUUAAUGAGGACAGGUGUUAAUGUUUCUCAUGAUGCUAAAGUCUGAUGUUCGCUGCUGCUAACGCCGUUUGUCGUGAUGUUUGUACAAACGCAGAUUAAAACUUCAGAACCUUAAUCUGGAGAGGAGAUCAGUCCUGAUGUGGAGAUUAUUCUAACCUGAUUAAUUCUAAUCUGAUUAAUUCUAAUCUGAUUAAUUCUAAUCUGAAAAUGAGAACAUGAACUCAGGUCCAUGAUGUUCUCGUUCUCCAGGUUACAAUGUUUGCAUUUUUGCAUACGGACAGACGGGAGCUGGAAAGAGUUACACCAUGAUGGGUAAAACGGAGCCGGGACAGGAGGGGAUCAUCCCACAGGUAACCUCCCACCUGAACACGGGUGGAUUAUUUCACCUGAACAUGAUCAGAGAGGAGGACGUUAUAGAGACAAUCAUCUUUAUCAGCAGAUCUCUGUAUGAAACAAACGGAGACACUCCGAGUCCUGACCGUGUGUCUCUGUGUCCUCAGCUGUGUGAAGACCUGUUCCAGAGGACAGGACAGAACGUAGACCCUGACCUGACCUAUUCUGUGGAGGUAAGCUCAUCCUGAUUGGCCCAAGGGUCAGAUGAGGACAGGUCAGUGUGAUCUAACGGGACGCUGUGCCCCGCCCCCUCCAGGUGUCCUACAUGGAGAUCUACUGCGAGAGGGUCCGGGAUCUCUUAAACCCGAAGUCCCAGGGGACUCUGAGGGUCCGGGAGCACCCCAUCCUGGGUCCCUACGUGGAGGACUUGUCCAAACUAGCUGUGACCGGAUUCUCCGACAUCCGGGACCUGAUGGACGCCGGCAACAAAGCCCGGUCUGUGUCCUCACGGCGAGACGUCCCUUACAGCGAUCAGAGAUGGAGAUUUAAAAAAAAAACAUAAAUACAUAAAAUAUAUGAAAUAUAAAUAUAUAAACACUAUAUAUGAAAUUUAAAUAUAUAAACACUAUAUAUGAAAUAUAAAUAUAGAAACACUAUAUAUCAAAUAUAAAUAUAUAAACAAAUAUAAAUAUAAAAACACUAUAUAUCAAAUAUAAAUAUAGAAACACUAUAUAUCAAAUAUAAAUAUAUAAACACUAUAUAUCAAAUAUAAAUAUAUAAACAGUCUAUAUGAAAUAUAAAUAUAUAAACAAAUAUAAAUAUAAAAACACUAUAUAUGAAAUAUAAAUAUAUAAACAGUCUAUAUGAAAUAUAAAUAUAUAAACAAAUAUAAAUAUAAAAACACUAUAUAUGAAAUAUAAAUAUAUAAACAGUCUAUAUGAUAUAUAUGUUUUUUUCUUUUUUUUAGUGAAAGUGUUUGAAAUGAUUUCAGAUAACUUUAGGUGAUUUAAAAAAAGUUAAAAGGACUUAAAAGUGAUUUUAUAAGAUUUAGAAUGUUGGAAAUGAUUAAAAAGAACUUAAUUAAAAAAUUUUUUAAAUGAUUUAAGUGACUCAGUGGAAAAAAAACACUUUUAAAGAAAAUGAAAUAAAACGAGUCUUUGUCUGACUGUCUCUCUCUUUGUCUGACUGUCUCUCUCUUUGUCUGACUGUCUCUCUCUUUGUCUGACUGUCUCUCUCUUUGUCUCUCUCUUUGUCUGACUGUCUGUCUGACUGUCUCUCUCUCUCCGUCUUUCAGGACGGUUGCCGCUACAAACAUGAAUGAGACGUCCUCCAGGUCCCACGCUGUCUUCACCAUCGUCUUCACCCAGAAACGAAGAGACCAGAUGACCAGCCUGGACACUGAGAAGGUGUGUGUGUGUGUGUGUGUUAAAAUGUGUGCGUCUUGGUUGACGAUUGUAGAGAUUGUUAAUUAUUAUGAACCCGUUUCUAUGGCGAUCAUGGUCCUAAAGUGUGAUCUCCACAGAGUAAAAACAGAAAAAAUCUGUUCACCCUAUCAGGUUCAGGGCUGCAAAAACACUGACCAAUGAGAGCCCUCCGUUUAUGGGUCAGGGUUUAAUUUUUUUUUUUCAGGUUUUUUUUCUUUAGUUUGUUUUAUACACAGCUCUUUUUUUAAGUUUUGUCUCGUAUUUUACAGGGUUUUGGUUUUUUAUUUUACAAAGUGAUUUUGUGUUUUUUUUUUUCUUUACAGGAUUUUUUUAUAUACAGGUUUUUUUUAACAGGUUUUUUUUACAGUUUUUUUUCACAGGGUUUUUGUUUUCUGCAGCUUUAUUUCUUUUUUAUUCAAGGUUUUGUUUUUUUUCCAGGGUUUUGUUUUUUACAGACUCUUUUACAGGGUUUUUGUUCGUUGUUUUUUUUAUACAGGGUCUUUGUUUUUUUAUUUUACAGUUUUUUUUAUACAGGGUUCUUUUUGCAGGGUUUUUGUUUUUAUUUUUUGAGAGUGUUUUUUUCUUUUUACAGGACUUUUGUCUGUUAUUUACUGUUUUACUGUUUUUUUUAUUUAUUUUUUUAUAGGACUUUGUUUUUUUAUUUUCGAUCAGGGUUUAUAGGUUCAGGUUUUGGGGUUUUGCUUCUGGGCUGAUCUGAGUUUCUGUUUUCAGGUCAGUAAGAUCAGCCUGGUGGACCUGGCGGGAAGCGAGCGAGCGGAUUCGUCGGGGGCGAAGGGCACUAGGCUUAAGGUCAGAGGUCAAAAUUGAGGGGUCAGUUGCUGCUGGGUGUGUCUGCAGUUCUGGAUCUGUGUGUGUGUGUGUGUGUGUGUUAACUUUGUGUUUCCAUGUGCAGGAAGGAGCAAACAUCAACAAAUCUCUGACCACGCUGGGAAAAGUCAUCUCGGCUCUCGCUGAAAUGGUAAAAAAGAAAAACAAACGGAAAAAUGAUGAUGAAAUCAACAAAACCAGAGACUAAGAGCUGUCCUCUGUCUUCUCUCCCCUCUCUGUCCUCUUUGUCCUCUCUGUCCCUCUGUCCCCUCUCCCCUCUCUGUCCUCUCUGUCCUCUCUGUCCUCUCUGUCCCUCUGUCCUCUCUGUCCUCUCUGUCCCUCUGUCCUCUCUGUCCCCUCUGUCCUCUCUGUCCUCUCUGUCCUCUACAGCAGAGUAAUAAGAAGAGGAAAAGUGAUUUUAUUCCGUACAGAGACUCUGUUCUCACUUGGCUCCUGAAGGAGAACCUGGGUAAGAACCAGAACCACCUCAGAUUAGAAACAGAACUUCAGAACUGACCCGCUGACAACAUCUCUGUGUGUGUGUGUGUGUGUGUGUGUGUGUGUGUGUGUGUGUGUGUUCAGGAGGAAACUCUCGGACGGCGAUGAUCGCUGCUCUCAGUCCUGCUGACAUCAACUAUGAAGAAACACUGAGUACUCUCAGGUUAGACUCAUCUAGACUUUAGUCUAGACUAACGCGGUCCUCCUCCUGGACUCUAAUCUAAUCCAGAUCCUGAUCCGGUUUCAGGUACGCUGACCGUGCCAAACAGAUCCGCUGUAACGCCAUCAUCAACGAAGAUCCAAACGCCAAACUGAUCCGAGAGCUGAAGGCUGAAGUGGAGCGUCUCCGAAACCUGCUGUUCUCUCAGGGUCUGCAGGAGCUGCUGGACAACGCUGGUAACACACAAUACAUACAAAAUACACACUCAAUACACACUCUAUAUACACACAAUAUACACACAACACACACACACAACACACACACAAACCUGCUGUUCUCUCAGGGUCUGCAGGAGCUGCUGGACAACGCUGGUAACACACAAUACAUACAAACUACACACUCUAUAUACACACAAUAUACACACACACUACGCCCACCCAAUACUCACAUACACCCAACACACUUAAUACACAGACACUUUCAUAUUUUUGAGAUUAAAGGAACAUUUCACUCUCUCUCAGAUUAAGAUUAGGAUUAACUCUCAUAUCAUAUCUUUGUGGUCUCCUGUAGACCCUCUCUCAGAUUAAGAUUAGGAUUAACUCUCAUAUCUUUGUUGUCUCCUGUAGACCCUCUCUCAGAUUAAGAUUAGGAUUAACUCUCAUAUCUUUGUUGUCUCCUGUAGACUCUCUCUCAGAUUAAGAUUAGGAUUAACUCUCAUAUCUUUGUUGUCUCCUGUAGACCCUCUCUCAGAUUAGGAUUAGGAUUAACUCUCAUAUCUUUGUUGUCUCCUGUAGACCCUCUCUCAGAUUAAGAUUAGGAUUAACUCUCAUAUCAUAUCUUUGUUGUCUCCUGUAGACCCUCUCUCAGAUUAAGAUUAGGAUUAACUCUCAUAUCAUAUCUUUGUUGUCUCCUGUAGACCCCCUCUCAGAUUAAGAUUAGGAUUAACUCUCAUAUCUUUGUUGUCUCCUGUAGACCCCCUCUCAGAUUAAGAUUAGGAUUAACUCUCAUAUCUUUGUUGUCUCCUGUAGACCCCCUCUCAGAUUAAGAUUAGGAUUAACUCUCAUAUCUUUGUUGUCUCCUGUAGACCCUCUCUCAGAUUAGGAUUAGGAUUAACUCUCAUAUCUUUGUUGUCUCCUGUAGACCCUCUCUCCGAUUAAGAUUAGGAUUAACUCUCAUAUCUUUGUUGUCUCCUGUAGACCCUCUCUCAGAUUAAGAUUAGGAUUAACUCUCAUAUCAUAUCUUUGUUGUCUCCUGUAGACCCUCUCUCAGAUUAAGAUUAGGAUUAACUCUCAUAUCAUAUCUUUGUUGUCUCCUGUAGACCCUCUCUCAGAUUAAGAUUAGGAUUAACUCUCAUAUCUUUGUUGUCUCCUGUAGACGCUCUCUCAGAUUAAGAUUAGGAUUAACUCUCAUACCAUAUCUUUGUUGUCUCCUGUAGACCCUCUCUCAGAUUAAGAUUAGGAUUAACUCUCAUAUCUUUGUUGUCUCCUGUAGAUCCUCUCUCAGAUUAAGAUUAGGAUUAACUCUCAUAUCAUAUCUUUGUUGUCUCCUGUAGACCCCCUCUCAGAUUAAGAUUAGGAUUAACUCUCAUAUCUUUGUUGUCUCCUGUAGACCCUCUCUCAGAUUAAGAUUAGGAUUAACUCUCAUAUCUUUGUUGUCUCCUGUAGACCCUCUCUCAGAUUAAGAUUAGGAUUAACUCUCAUAUCUUUGUUGUCUCCUGUAGACCCUCUCUCAGAUUAGGAUUAGGAUUAACUUUCAUAUCUUUGUUGUCUCCCGUAGACCCUCUCUCAGAUUAAGAUUAGGAUUAACUCUCAUAUCUUUGUUGUCUCCUGUAGACCCUCUCUCAGAUUAGGAUUAGGAUUAACUUUCAUAUCUUUGUUGUCUCCUGUAGACCCUCUCUCAGAUUAAGAUUAGGAUUAACUCUCAUAUCUUUGUUGUCUCCUGUAGACCCUCUCUCAGAUUAAGAUUAGGAUUAACUCUCAUAUCUUUGUUGUCUCCUGUAGACCCUCUCUCAGAUUAAGAUUAGGAUUAACUCUCAUAUCAUAUCUUUGUUGUCUCCUGUAGACUCUCUCUCAGAUUAAGAUUAGGAUUAACUCUCAUAUCUUUGUUGUCUCCUGUAGACCCUCUCUCAGAUUAAGAUUAGGAUUAACUCUCAUAUCUUUGUUGUCUCCUGUAGACCCUCUCUCAGAUUAAGAUUAGGAUUAACUCUCAUACCAUAUCUUUGUUGUCUCCUGUAGACCCUCUCUCAGAUUAAGAUUAGGAUUAACUCUCAUAUCAUAUCUUUGUUGUCUCCUGUAGACCCUCUCUCAGAUUAGGAUUAGGAUUAACUUUCAUAUCUUUGUUGUCUCCUGUAGACCCUCUCUCCGAUUAAGAUUAGGAUUAACUCUCAUAUCUUUGUUGUCUCCUGUAGACCCUCUCUCAGAUUAGGAUUAGGAUUAACUCUCAUAUCUUUGUUGUCUCCUGUAGUGCCUCUCUCAGAUUAAGAUUAGGAUUAACUCUCAUAUCUUUGUUGUCUCCUGUAGACCCUCUCUCAGAUUAAGAUUAGGAUUAACUCUCAUAUCAUAUCUUUGUUGUCUCCUGUAGACUCUCUCUCAGAUUAAGAUUAGGAUUAACUCUCAUAUCUUUGUUGUCUCCUGUAGACCCUCUCUCAGAUUAAGAUUAGGAUUAACUCUCAUAUCUUUGUUGUCUCCUGUAGACCCUCUCUCAGAUUAAGAUUAGGAUUAACUCUCAUACCAUAUCUUUGUUGUCUCCUGUAGACCCUCUCUCAGAUUAAGAUUAGGAUUAACUCUCAUAUCAUAUCUUUGUUGUCUCCUGUAGACCCUCUCUCAGAUUAGGAUUAGGAUUAACUUUCAUAUCUUUGUUGUCUCCUGUAGACCCUCUCUCCGAUUAAGAUUAGGAUUAACUCUCAUAUCUUUGUUGUCUCCUGUAGACCCUCUCUCAGAUUAGGAUUAGGAUUAACUCUCAUAUCUUUGUUGUCUCCUGUAGUGCCUCUCUCAGAUUAAGAUUAGGAUUAAGUCUCAUAUCAUAUCUUUGUUGUCUCCUGUAGACCCUCUCUCAGAUUUAGUUUAGGAUUAACUCUCAUAUCUUUGUUGUCUCCUGUAGACCCUCUCUCAGAUUAGGAUUAGGAUUAACUCUCAUAUCUUUGUUGUCUCCUGUAGACCCCCUCUCAGAUUAAGAUUAGGAUUAACUCUCAUAUCAUAUCUUUGUUGUCUCCUGUAGACCCCCUCUCAGAUUAAGAUUAGGAUUAACUCUCAUAUCUUUGUUGUCUCCUGUAGACCCUCUCUCAGAUUAAGAUUAGGAUUAACUCUCAUAUCUUUGUUGUCUCCUGUAGACCCUCUCUCAGAUUAGGAUUAGGAUUAACUUUCAUAUCUUUGUUGUCUCCUGUAGACCCUCUCUCCGAUUAAGAUUAGGAUUAACUCUCAUAUCUUUGUUGUCUCCUGUAGACCCUCUCUCAGAUUAGGAUUAGGAUUAACUCUCAUAUCUUUGUUGUCUCCUGUAGUGCCUCUCUCAGAUUAAGAUUAGGAUUAAGUCUCAUAUCAUAUCUUUGUUGUCUCCUGUAGACCCUCUCUCAGAUUUAGUUUAGGAUUAACUCUCAUAUCUUUGUUGUCUCCUGUAGACCCUCUCUCAGUUUAGGAUUAGGAUUAACUCUCAUAUCUUUGUUGUCUCCUGUAGACCCCCUCUCAGAUUAAGAUUAGGAUUAACUCUCAUAUCUUUGUUGUCUCCUGUAGACCCCCUCUCAGAUUAAGAUUAGGAUUAACUCUCAUAUCUUUGUUGUCUCCUGUAGACCCUCUCUCAGAUUAAGAUUAGGAUUAACUCUCAUAUCUUUGUUGUCUCCUGUAGACCCUCUCUCAGAUUAAGAUUAGGAUUAACUCUCAUAUCAUAUCUUUGUUGUCUCCUGUAGACCCUCUCUCAGAUUAAGAUUAGGAUUAACUCUCAUAUCAUAUCUUUGUUGUCUCCUGUAGACUCUCUCUCAGAUUAAGAUUAGGAUUAACUCUCAUAUCUUUGUUGUCUCCUGUAGACCCUCUCUCAGAUUAAGAUUAGGAUUAACUCUCAUAUCAUAUCUUUGUUGUCUCCUGUAGACCCUCUCUCAGAUUAAGAUUAGGAUUAACUCUCAUAUCAUAUCUUUGUUGUCUCCUGUAGACCCUCUCUCAGAUUAAGAUUAGGAUUAACUCUCAUACCAUAUCUUUGUUGUCUCCUGUAGACCCUCUCUCAGAUUAAGAUUAGGAUUAACUCUCAUAUCAUAUCUUUGUUGUCUCCUGUAGACCCUCUCUCAGAUUAAGAUUAGGAUUAACUCUCAUAUCUUUGUUGUCUCCUGUAGACCCUCUCUCAGAUUAAGAUAAGGAUUAACUCUCAUAUCUUUGUUGUCUCCUGUAGACCCUCUCUCAGAUUAAGAUUAGGAUUAACUCUCAUAUCAUAUCUUUGUUGUCUCCUGUAGACUCUCUCUCAGAUUAAGAUUAGGAUUAACUCUCAUAUCUUUGUUGUCUCCUGUAGACCCUCUCUCAGAUUAAGAUUAGGAUUAACUCUCAUAUCAUAUCUUUGUUGUCUCCUGUAGACCCUCUCUCAGAUUAAGAUUAGGAUUAACUCUCAUAUCAUAUCUUUGUUGUCUCCUGUAGACCCUCUCUCAGAUUAAGAUUAGGAUUAACUCUCAUAUCUUUGUUGUGUCCUGUAGACCCUCUCUCAGAUUAAGAUUAGGAUUAACUCUCAUAUCUUUGUUGUCUCCUGUAGACCCUCUCUCAGAUUAAGAUUAGGAUUAACUCUCAUACCAUAUCUUUGUUGUCUCCUGUAGACCCUCUCUCAGAUUAAGAUUAGGAUUAACUCUCAUAUCAUAUCUUUGUUGUCUCCUGUAGACCCUCUCUCAGAUUAAGAUUAGGAUUAACUCUCAUAUCUUUGUUGUCUCCUGUAGACCCUCUCUCAGAUUAAGAUUAGGAUUAACUCUCAUAUCUUUGUUGUCUCCUGUAGACCCUCUCUCAGAUUAAGAUUAGGAUUAACUCUCAUUUCUUUGUUGUCUCCUGUAGACCCCCUCUCUCAUGAUGACGGUUAUUUUAAUGCAUGAAUGGCAUGUCUAUGUGGAGUAUGUUGGGUGGGGGGGCUUAUAGACAACAGCAACUGUGUGUGUGUGUGUGUGUGUGUGUGUGUUUGUGCGUGAAACCUGACUCUCUCUCUCUCUCUUUCUCUCUCUCUCUCUCUCCCUCUUAAAGCUAACAACAACAACGGUCUCUUGGCGGCUGCUGGUUCGUCCCCGUCCCCGCUGCAGCUGGCCCUCACAGCCAAUGGGAUAACACCUCAGAGUGGCUCCACCCCUCCAGGUGUGUGUUAGAGUGUGUGUUAGAGUGUGUGUUAUAGUGUGUGUUAGAGUGUGUGUGUGUUUUUUCACACCCUUCAUGUCUCACUCCAUGUCCUCAAGUUUGUCCCUCAUGUUUAUUUUCAUGCUUUUAUUUUGAAAUCUCAACAUGGAGUCAAACUGAAUGUCCAAUAAGACGACUGAGAAAGUUCUCCUGUCUGUCCUCCUGUCUGUCCUCCUCUCUGUCUCUUUGUCUGUCCUCCUGUCUCCCUGUCCUUCUGUCUCUGUCUGUCCUCCUGUCUGUCCUCCUCUCUGUCCUUCUGUCUGUCCUCCUGUCUCUCUGUCCUUCUGUCUGUCUGUCCUCCUGUCUCUCUGUCCUCCUGUCUGUCCUCCUGUCUCUCUGUCCUCCUGUCUCUCUGUCCUCCUGUCUGUCUCCCUCUCUUAUGGACCUAUGUUUUGAAAGUGUCUUUGUCCUCUCAAGGAUCUGUCCCAGCCUCUGAAGAGGACAUCCCCAACGACCCUGAC